AUGCGGCGAGAGUUGUUUCUCCGCAUUGUUCACGCGCUGGAGACGCGACGAGUACUUCCAAGGCGGGAAGAUGCGGCCCAUAGAAAGGGUCCAUCCCCGCUGACGAAGUGCACUGUUGCGCUUCGUCAGUUGGCAUACGGCACUACGGCGGACAUGUUCGACGAGUAUCUUCACGUUGGGGAUACAACUGGCCGGCAAUGUCUGCGUGGAGAGGCCAAUUCACCGGUGGGUAUAAGGUACCCACCCCAACGCUUAUCCUUGAAGCGGUCGUUGACCCGCGAUCUUUGGAUUUGGCAUGCUCACUUUGGCGUGGCGGGGUCCAACAACGACAUCAAUGUGCUGAACUCGUCCAGUCUCUUCACCGAGCAAUGCAAUGGCAACAGUCUGGUUAUCAGCUUCACUGCCAGCGGACGACAACAUCAUAAGGGAUACUACUUAGCCGAUGGCAUUUACCCGAGAUGGCCAGUUUUCUUGAAGACGAUCUCCUGUCCAACGGGUGCGAGGAGAGAGUUUUUUGCGGCAAAGCAGGAGGCUGCACGGAAGGACGUGGAACGAGGAUUCGGUGUGCUUCAAGCGCGUUGGGGAAUAGUGAAAUGCCCGGCUCGUUCCUGGUACAUGCAUCAUAUCGCCAAUAUCAUGUACGCGUGCAUCAUCUUGCACAACAUGAUUAUUCACGAUGAAGGUCGUGCAGCUAGCCAGUGGUCCGACGAUGAAGCCGCUCCGAGCGCAGGUCAUGCAGCCCCGCCGGUCGUUCGAGGUUUACCCUAUGGACUCAGCGAGAGAUUACAAGCUCAGGAGAGCAUGCGCAACCAACAAGCUCAUCUUGAUCUCAUGAACGACAUGAUUGAAGAAGUUUGA